CGGUCCUACUGGGCUACUGGGCCCUCGUUCGCGUUCCUUGUCACAUGCCCACAUUGGUUUUGGAUAUCUGCCAGCCUGGCACCUAUAAAUUGUUUUCGAUGAGGGCUCAUCGUGGCUCAUCAAGAGUUUUUAGUUUUUGAUGUGACGACGCUAACUCCACCUCUUGGUUGUCAUGUGGACCUUCUGAAGCAACCUUGCCCCCUUGCCUUCAGUCGCGCGUAGCUUCGCUUUGCUUAUUCGAGCUUUAUUUGUCGUCAAAAAGAAGAAGUUACAGAGUACUUCAGCGCACUUCCUCUUGGAAACAAAAGGCAAUGGCACACGCAGGUCAUGAUCACCAUGGUCAUCACAUGCCCAACAUGUCCCCUGACACUCCAGUAGCCUCCUCAACAGUCCAGACCCUCCUGACCACUGUUCUUGCUGCCACAACAGCUGCUCACACACAUAGCGGACAUAACCCUUCUGCUCAUGACCACAUGGAGAUGGACCAUUCCGGACAUGUGCAAGGCAUGAGCCACAUGAUGAUGUAUUUCCAUUUUGGUGUCAACGAAACGGUUUUGUUUCAAGGCUGGACUAUAUCUACUGUUGGAGGCAUGGUUGGCAGUGUCAUUGGGGUUUUUAUUAUGGCCGCUGUGUAUGAGGGGCUCAAGUACCUCAGGGAACAUCUAUUCCGUCUACAUUUCACUAGCAUGCACUACUCCUCCGUCGCAGUAGCAGGACAAGAGGGUCACACACUUACUGAGGUGCACCAAAUAGUAAGGAAUCGAAUGAUAAGCUGGGCUCAUGGAAUACAGACUAUACUUCACAUGGUGCAAGUGCUCCUAAGCUAUUUUCUCAUGCUGGUGUUCAUGACGUACAAUGUCUGGCUGUGCAUGGGAAUUAUCCUGGGGGCCGGAUGUGGGUACUUCAUCUUUGGCUGGAAAAAGGCCACUGUGGUCGACGUCACCGACCACUGUCACUGAUGCCUGCUGUCCUUGCGUAGUUCUCACUUGAGGUUGUCCUACCUGUAUCAUGCUCGCAAGUGAACUGCUAUUGGGGCUACCGUGGUUUCAGUGAGACCAGUAAGAUACUGAGAAAUGUUUAUUCAGUUCCUGCUCGCACCUCUGACCGACUUUGGGAGUUUUCUAAAGUCACGAGGGCACUCAGCUCAUGUAGCUGCCACUGAAACGCAGAUUCUUGCCCUACGUAUUGAGAAAACCUUUUGCAGGUGUAGCAACUCUAAUGUGAUAUGCUUUCUGCAAAAAUUCAUUUCAAUGUCUAGCUUCUCUUUUGAUUGAAAGAGGUUGUGGCCCACUUGUUUACACACGUAGGGUUCAGUUUUCCUUGGUAUGUUUGGUGUUGGGUUUAAUUUUCUUUUCUCAAAAGUCAGUGUUUGGGACUUAUUCUAGAACAAAGACAGGUAUCCGAUUUGUUGCUGUUGCGGGACGCACGGUUGUGAGUAGUAUGGGACCAAAAGCAAGCGAGCACAUGGGUCUUUUUAUUUAUUUAUUUUUAAAGGGAACCAUUAUCAGUGGGUCUGUUACUGCUCUUGGGUACCUUUUGUGGAAUGUCCCUUAUAUUAGUAGUAUUCCUGUAACAUCUACUGUAUGAACAGCUGCAUCGUAUUAGUAAUGUUUGGUUUGUGGUUUCCUUUGAAUUACUGAAGUGAAUGGGUGCAGGUUCCUUUCAUAUGUUGUGUUACCUUUAGCACGGUUGCAACUGCUAAUGGCUUGGACUCAGAUGCUCUUAUUUUUCUUCUGUCAUUUUCUCAUUUAAUACCUGAUGAGUUGGAACUUCCUAAUUAUGCAAUCUGCUAUAUACGUAUGGAUCACUGCCCAUUAUGAAAAGAAUGUAUAGUGUGGAUUGUCAAACGCUGUAUUGCAUCUCUACGACAUGCAGUGGAGUGAAUACCCCAAUUGGGCUUCUCAAAUUAUUUGUAAUAGUUAUACACUGUCUAUGUGCUCGCUGUGUUGUUGAACCACAUCAUUUACUGCUGCCUCAGUGUGGCUGCAAGUGCUCAGUAUUGGGCAUUCGUAACAGCAGUAUGAGCUGUGCAGAUUGCAGACAACUGCGAUUGUUUAUCGAGCAAAUAUGUUUUUUUUUUUUUGUACAUAGGCUUACCUUGUAAGUAAAUAUAUGUAAAAUAUGCAUAACGUGACAAAUGAAUGUAGGUAUCAGAAUGUUAUCAGUAAAUAUUUGUGCAGGUUUUACACAUUUUAUGACAGUGCAAUGAGGAUGUGAUAAAGUGUGCACUUGAUGCAUCUUCCUCAAGACUGUACAAAAAGAACUUGUUCGUACAGAGAGUAUAGGAAUGUAGUGUUACGUUUCAAUGUGAUACACUGUAUAUAAAGAGGGUAUUUCUCCA